AUGUGCAAGCUCACUGUAACUGCAGGUCUCUGUUUGAUCCUCGCUAGCUUGGCCUCUUCCUCCAGGCUAGUCUGUUACUAUAACAGCGAUGCUGAAAAUAGAGGAGACGCGGGGAAGUUCAUGGUUUCAGAUAUCGAUCCGAACAAAUGUACUCACCUGAUCUAUGCCUUUUCUGGUAUUAAUAACGCAAAUGAGCUGGUCCCCACCAAUGAAAAUGACAUAGCACACUAUCAGUCCUUUAAUACACUCAAGACCAGAAAUCAACUGCUCAAAACCCUGUUGGCGGUGGGUGGCUUGACCUUUAACACACAAAAAUUCACUACAAUGGUGGCGACAAUGCAAAGCAGAGAAAACUUCAUCCAGUCUGCUAUCACACUACUGAGGGACAAUGGGUUUGAUGGCCUAAACCUAGACUGGAGGAACCCCAGAGGAGCUGGAAGCACAUCAGAGGACAAGCAGAGAUUCACACUCCUGUGCAAGGAGCUCAAAGAGGCCUUUGUCGUUGAGGGAACAGCAACUAACCGUGACAGCUUAAUGGUUACUGCUAGUGUCUCUGCUGAGAAAGACACCAUCGAUUUCAGUUAUGAUGUCCCAAAGAUUGCAGAAAACCUGGAUUUCAUUAAUGUGCUGACAUUUGACUUUCACGGCCCCUGGGAAAGUGUCACAGGACAUCACAGCCCCUUGUACAAUGGAUCCCAGGACACUGGAAACCAAAGCUACUUUAACACUGAUUAUGCCAUGCAAUAUUGGCGGGACCAGGGAGCACCUACACAAAAACUAAAUUUGGGAUUAGCGGCAUACGGGCGAGCUUUUAACCUGACCACUGCAUCCAGUGACGUUGGAGCACCAGCCAAUGGUCCUGGUGAAGAAGGCUGCUACACUGGUGAAGAGGGAUUCUGGGCCUAUUAUGAGACUUGCCUUUAUCUUGAAGGGGUAACAACCCAGCUGAUUACUGAUCAGGGAGUUUCAUAUGCCACCACAGAAAAUCAGUGGGUUGGAAUUGACAACAAUAACAGCCUUGAUACUAAGGUCAGUUACCUAAAAAUGAACAACUUUGGAGGAGCCUUUGUCUGGUCUCUGGACCUGGAUGACUUCAGUGGACAGUUCUGUAAAAUGGGCACCAAUCCCUUCAUCUGCCACUUGCAUACUCUCCUGGUUCCAGGUUUUCCUGACCUGACUACUACAACUGCCCCUACUACAACCACAACAAUGCCCACGACCGCAACCACUCCCCCUACCACAGCAAUACCCACGACCACAACAAUUCCCCCUACCAAAACCACAACCAUGCCCACGACCACAACAACUCCAACCACGGCCGCUCCAACCACGGCCGCUCCAACCACGGCCACUCCUACCACAGUAGCUCCAACCACGGCCGCUCCAACCACGGCCACUCCUACCACAGUAGCUCCAACCACGGCCACUCCUACCACACAGCUCCAACCACGGCCGCUCCAACCACGGCAGCUCCUACCACAGCCGCUCCGACCACGGCCGCUCCGACCACGGCAGCUCCGACCACGGCCGCUCCUACCACGGCAGCUCCAACCACAGCAGCUCCUACCACACUCCAACCACAGCAGCUCCAACCACGGCAGCUCCAACCACGGCAGCUCCGACCACGGCAGCUCCGACCACGGCCGCUCCUACCACGGCAGCUCCAACCACGGCAGCUCCAACCACGGCAGCUCCAACCACGGCAACUCCUACCACAGCAGCUCCAACCACAGCCGCUCCAACCACAGCAGCUUCUACCACAGUAGCUCCAACCACAGUAGCUCCAACCACAGCAGCUCCUACCACAGCCACUCCGACCACAGCAGCUCCGACCACAGCAGCUCCAACCACAGCAGCUCCGACCACAGCAUCUCCAACCACAGCAGCUGCUGUUACUGA